CCCUUUUGGGCACCUUCCACUGCGGAUGAAGUUCCCGGUGCAGAACACACAGGCUGUGUCCUCGGAUAUCCUACCCACGCGCAGCACUUUGCCAUGAAAUGCACGCAGACGGCCGAGACUACGGGGGACAGGCUGGAAGCCUGGGACAGGUCGGGGACAUCUGCAAACGCCGGAGACGAGGUGCCUGUUCCCCGCGUCUAUGCGCGCCGCUGGGUCUUCCUGCUGGCUGUCAGCCUUCUGAGCUGCUCCAACGCGACGCUAUGGCUCAGCUUCGCACCUGUAGCAGACACCAUCGCACAGCACUUCCUCCUGUCCAUGGAGCAGAUCAACUGGCUGUCACUAGUCUACCUUGUGGUAUCCAUCCCAUUUGGCAUGGCAGCCAUCUGGGUUCUGGACUCUGUUGGGCUCCGUGGAGCGACUAUCCUGGGUGCAUGGUUGAAUUUUGCUGGGAGUUUGCUACGUGCUGUGCCCUGCUUGGAUGUCAGGAUCCCCAGUCCAUUUGCCUUCUUCCUGAGUGGCCAGAGCCUCUGUGCCUUGGCCCAGACCCUGGUCAUCUCUUCUCCAGCCAAGCUGGCUGCCUUAUGGUUCCCAGAGCACCAGAGAGCCACAGCUAACAUGAUCGGCACUAUGUCAAAUCCUCUGGGCAUCCUUGUGGCAAAUGUGCUAUCUCCUGCCCUAGUCAAGAAGGCAGAAGACAUCCCCAUGAUGCUUGGUAUCUACAUUAUCCCUGCUGCCCUUGCCUGUCUCUUGGCCACUGCCUGCCUCUGGGAGAGCGUGCCUCCUAGCCCGCCAUCCACAGGGGCUGCCAGUUCCACUUCAGAGAGUUUCCUCCACGGCCUCAAACUGCUCAUCCAGAAUAAGGCCUAUGUCAUCCUGGCCAUAUGCUUCGGUGGUGGCAUUGGCAUCUUCUCCAGCUUCUCAGCCCUCCUGGAACAGAUCCUUUGUGCCAAUGGCUACUCCAAUGAGUUCUCAGGCCUCUGUGGGGCUCUCUUCAUCGUGUUUGGGAUUUUGGGGGCACUGCUUCUAGGCCUGUAUGUGGAUCGGACCAAGCACUUCACCGAAGCCACCAAGAUAGGCCUCUGUCUGACUUCCAUGACCUUCGUGGCCUUUGCUCUGGUGUCCCAGCUGCAGGGACAGACCUUUGCGUUGGCCGCCAUCUGCUCCCUCCUGGGGCUGUUUGGCUUCUCAGUGGCACCCGUGGUCAUGGAGUUGGCAGUUGAAUGCUCGUUUCCUGUGGGUGAAGGUGCCUCUGCUGGCUUGAUUUUUGUCCUGGGGCAGGCCGAGGGUGUGCUCAUCAUGCUGCUACUGACGGCGCUGACCAUGAGGCGAACGGGCCCAUCCUUUUCUACCUGCCAGCAGGGCGAGGAGCCUCUAGACUGGACAGUGUCUCUGCUGCUGAUGGCUGGCCUGUGUACCGUUUUCACCUGUGUCUUGGUGCUCUUCUUCAACACCCCGUAUCGACGCCUGGAGGCUGAGUCUGGAGGGCCCCCGUCACCCAGGAUAUGUGACAGGGAGCCAACGAUAAUAAGCUCCACCCAAGUGCCGCCCCUUGAGACUUCUGGCUUAACACCUCCAGCUGGGGCCUUGCAGGAAGCUCCUUGUCCUGCCUCUCUUCCCAAAGGACACUCAGAAUGGGCAGAGACAUCUGGUAAAGCAGAGACUUGCUAGGGUCUCUGUCUGUGCCUGUCACGCUAAAAACUCUGACAGGGACACAAAGUCUUUAGCAUACCUAGGGCAUGAGAGGAUUGCCUUUUGGUCCUUAGGUAGACAACGAUAGGUUGAAAAUAACUGCUGUUGUGUGGAUACUGGUCAGUUAGGGUAGACCCUGGCCAAGCCAGACUUGUGGUGGCUGUUGUAUGGAUACUGGUCAGUUAGGGUAGACCCUGACCUAGCCAGACAUGUGUGGCUGUUGCAGGGAGCGUCUGUUCAGGGGCCAGAGUGAGUGGAAGAUUCCUGGUAGGAAACUGAAGGAGAUCUGUGGACCAUGGCAUGGCCAGUCUGAGGUAGACAGGUGUAGAAAGAUUUUUGUCUUAACUGUAU